AUGUCGUCUACUGAUAUUGCUACUCGAGAGCUGAAGAACCCUAUCGAUGUCGCUGAGUACCUUUUCAAGCGUCUCCGCGAGGUCGGUAUCAAGGCUAUACACGGUGUCCCUGGUGACUUCAACCUCGUCGCUCUUGACUACCUCCCCAAGUGCGACCUCGACUGGGUUGGUAACUGCAAUGAGCUCAAUGCCGGUUACGCCGCUGAUGGUUACGCUCGUGUGAACGGAAUGGGUGCCAUUGUCACCACUUUCGGUGUCGGAGAGCUGUCUGCCAUCAACGCCCUCGCCGGUGCCUACUCUGAGUUUGUCCCAGUUGUCCAUAUUGUCGGUAUGCCCACCACCGCAUCUCAAAAGAGUGGACUUUUGCUCCACCACACUCUCGGAAACGGCGACUUCGGUGUCUUCGCCAAGAUGAGCAAGGAAGUCUCCUGCUACGUGGCCUUGCUUAACGACCCUCUUAACGCUGCCACCCUCAUCGACAGUGCUAUCCGCGAAUGCUACCUGCAAAGUCGUCCCGUCUACAUUGGUCUCCCCACUGAUAUUGUUGAAGCCAAGGUCGAUGGUGACCGUCUGCUCACUCCCCUCGACUUGGACGAGCCCGACAACGACUCUGAGAAGGAGGACUACGUUGUUGACGUUGUCCUCAAGUCUCUCCACGCUGCCAAGCACCCCGUCAUCCUUGUUGACGCUUGUGCCAUCCGUCACCGUGCCCUUGAUGAGACCCGCCAUCUGAUCGAGGCCUCUGGCCUCCCUACAUUUGUUGCCCCCAUGGGUAAGGGUGCCGUUGAUGAGACCCACCGCAACUACGGCGGUGUCUACGCUGGUGACGGUUCUAACGCCGGAGUCCGUGAGGUUGUCGAGUCCUCCGACCUUAUCCUCAGCAUCGGUGCCAUCAAGUCUGACUUCAACACAACUGGUUUCACCUACCGUAUUGGUCAGCUAAACACCAUCGACUUCCACAGCAACUACGUCCGCGUCCGCUAUUCAGAAUACCCCGGCAUCAACAUGAAGGGUGUUCUCCGCAAGCUUGUCAAGAAACUCGGCAAACUUAACAUUACCCCCACCCCUAAGCUCACCAACGCUCUCCCCGAGGAGGAGCUGAACUCCACCAACCAAGAGAUUACACACGCUUGGCUGUGGCCCUCUGUUGGCCAAUGGAUGAAGGAAAAGGACAUUAUUCUCACUGAGACUGGUACCGCCAACUUCGGAAUCUGGGAGACUCGCUUCCCCGCUGGUGUCACUGCGAUCAGCCAGGUUCUUUGGGGUUCCAUUGGUUACGCCCUUGGUUCUACCCAGGGUGCUGCUUUGGCCGGAAAGGAGCAAGGCCGCCGCACUAUCCUCUUCAUUGGUGACGGUUCCACUCAAUUGACCGUCCAAGAGAUCAGCACAAUGAUCAAGGGCAAGCUCAACCCCAUCAUUUUCGUCAUCUGCAACGACGGAUACACUAUUGAGCGAUGGAUUCACGGUUGGGACUCUGUCUACAACGACAUCCAGCCCUGGGACUUCCACGGUAUCCCGAAGGUUUUCGGUGCCACCGAUGACAACUACAAGGGAUACCGCAUCAAGACCCGCGAGGAGCUUAACACAUUGUUCGCCAACGAGGAGUUCAACUCUGCUUCCAAGCUUCAACUGGUCGAGCUGUACAUGCCCCGGGAUGAUGCUCCCAAGGCUUUGCAGUUGACUGCCUCAGCUGCCGCCGAGCGGAACGCCUCCCAAUAA